GUAACAAUGACAAUUAAAAUCAUUGAGUUUUGUAUCAGUGGAGUUUCUAUUACAUUUUCGAAUUUUCAACGAUUUUCUUAGAAAAUUCUUAAAAGUAGACUAAUCAGUCUAGGCAAAAAUUUCGAACCAUUUACAACUCAAAAGUGCCAUACUGGUCAAACCAAAAAAUAUCUAAACAGAACGAAACACGAAAAGCGUGAAUAGAGGAAAUGGAUUUAAUCGAGAAAGUAAAGAAAUUCAUCAGUUAUUGGUACAUUAGAUACCUAUUGGCGACUGAAUUAUACAUGGUGGAAACCUGGGAAAGAAUAGCUAUUCAUAUAGUAUUUGGAAUACUUUUUGGAUUAUUCUGGUUCUUCAACUACUACAUCACUAUAUCAGCCAUAUCACGACUGCGGGGGAAUCACGGGAUCAUUCCAUCAUGAAUGGAGAUAUCAUGUCAUAGAAAUUGUUACACUUCAUCAUAAUCUUGUUUUAUGUACGAUAUAACAAUAGAAAUAAGCAUGUUUUAUCUUAUUUUUAAAUUAAGAACUACAUUUUUACUGUGGCUCUCAUGUGUUCUUAAUGAUAAGGCUUAUAUUUAAGUACUAGAAUCUAGGGUCAGGUGGUAUAUAAAUAAAAACAAAAUGUAGUAAAGGGAAUUGGAUAUAAAUGUUAAAUAUUCUUUAUGCCUUGUAUUUCGCUUCUAAAUUUUUAUUUUAUUACAGUAAUACCUUUAAAUAUAUAUAUAUAAUUUUAGUCUGCACAAAAUGUAAUGGGGCUUGGUGAAAAUCCAAAUAAAAUAGCAUUUUUGGCACGACACGUCCUUACGGAUCCUCCCGAUCCAUUAACGGUGCUUUUAGGUACCACAAACAUUGGCCGGCCCCCUCGUCGAACCUCGGACGUGUACCGUCGGGCUCGACGAGCGAAUUAACCCAUAGACCCAGCCCCCUGAGUUUCUCGCCGGAUCAUCUCAGUGGGUCGCGAUUCCGAUCCGGUGGUAGAUUCUGCAAACCACUGCUCUUGCUAGGGCCAGUGUUAGCAACACUCCGGUUUGAGCCCCGUGAGCUCACCUACAUGUUAGGGCGAAGCUGAAAUAGACUCUCAAGGCUAUCAGCAUAGGUAGGAAAAAAAAGUUGGCACAUCAGUGAAUGUAAUUCUGACUUAUAAAUCCAGACAGUAUGAUUUAUUUCACUUUCUUUCUAUAAAUAAUUUAUUAUUUAUAAUAAUAAUAUCUGUAAUGUAGUGUAAAUGUAUUAACAGUAAAAAUAAGAAAAAUGUAAGUAUAAACUUGAUGAAAAUACAGAAUUAUCUGGUAUACUGAGUUUUGAAACUUUGCAGGGAGUGUCGAUAAUUGUACUGUAUAAUAUGAAAAAGCGGUAUAUUCUGAACACCUAUUCUGACAUGUGGAAGUGAAUGUAUCUUGUAUGUUCUUACUGUAGGUAGGACCUCUUAAGUCCGCACGGGUGGGUACCACCACCCUGCCUAUUUCUGCUGUGAAGCAGUAAUGAGUUUUGGUUUGAAGGGUGGGCCAGCCGUUGUAACUAUACCGAGACUUUAGAACUUAUAUCUCAAGGUGGGUGGCGCAUUUACGUCGUAGAUGUCUAUGGGCUCCAGUAACCGCUAAACACCAGGUGGGCUGUGAGCUCGUCCACCCAUCUAAGCAAUAAAAAAAGUUAGAAAAUCAUGAAGAAUGUUGAAUGCGUGCCUUCAGAUCGUAUAAAGUAUCAAUUAAAAUUUGCAAGAUUUGCAAGAUUAUUAACCUUAAUAAUAUUAAUUAAACUUUCAUAAUAAAAAAUUUAGCAUUUGUUGCUUAAGAACAAACUGUAUCAUUCAUUCCAAACGUUUUUGAUAUUAAUUGUUGUUUUUUUUAGUUCCUUGAUUGAAGAUUGUUGAUAAGUAAUCAUUAUCGAAUCUGAUUGUAAUUAUCAUAUGUAUUUUAUCAUCAUAAAUGAUGGAUUGUCCUGAAAUAAAUAGACUAUUAGCUAAA